CAAAUAUACAAUAAACUUUAAACGCCAGUGUUAGCAACGUUUUUCGUUAUAAUUUGAAAUCACUAUAAUAUAGAAAGAACUUGCAAUUGAGUGAAAAGUAUCUUUAAUUAUAAAAAACCAAAUACAAUAUAGCUUUACUCGUUUAUAAUGUGUUAUUUUAUCCGUUAAGUAAAAGUUCAAAAGUUUAAUUGCUAUCAUGUCCAGUAAAUUAAAUGCGGAAACCAAAGAAAAUUUAUCGUGUGAAAUCAAACGAUUGCAAGAAAGAUGUCUCGACAUUUGUAAUAUCAUAGAAAACUCUCCUUUCGACGCAACAAUAUCCGUAAAUAAUGUAGGAGAAAGAGCUCUUAGCUAUGUAGAAGGCUUACGAGCGGAGAUACAAAAUUCAACGACACACAUACCGAUUGACGAAAAUUUAAUAGUAACACAAUUUCUUGCUGAAAUAAAAGAAAAGACUGAACAAGUUAAGGAAUUUACUGCAUUCACGAGAGGAACCAUUCUUGAUAUUGAUAAUGAGAUACAAAGGUUAAAUGAUUUGACGAAUACAGCAAAAGAAGCACUAUCUCGACCUAGAAUAGUACAGUGUGAAGUCAGGCCAGAACACUUACAAAAAGCUAAAGAAACAUUCCACAUUUUGAAAACAGAACUUCAUGGACUCAUCCAAUCAUUGUUCCCGAAUGCAAGUGAUUCUAUCGUUGAAGUUAUGGGACAAUUGAUGCAGGAAAAACUUAACGAAGAAUCCAGUGGCUAUGUUCAAAUUACUCAAGAGAACUACAGGAUUAUAGAACUUUUAAAAGAUAUGAACAUUGUGACAAGUAACCCUUAUAAUAAUAUGGAAGUAAAAAUUGCCUAUUGAAUUCAUAUCACUUAAAUAUUAUAUUCUAAUAAUCGUAAGACUUUGUAUACAAUAAUUAUCAAAAAUUAUGUGUUUUUUUUAUGUUUUCACUGUAUAAUUUUGUAUUAAUAAAUAAUACUGA